UCGAGCGCUUCUUCUGUUCAUACCGGGAUGGAAGUGCAUGAGCAAGAAAAUAUUGAUGGCACGAUCUAGUUUGAAUUAUUUUGAUUGCUAUUCGAAUCGUCGUAUCGAGGCAAAUCUUUACUAGUAGGUCUACCUGCUCAUGUCUUUCAACUGACUGUUGAUGUGCUCUGCUAACGUGGCUACCACUUGAACUAUUGAGUACUAGUAUUGUGUUGUUCUCGAUAGCGCUAGCGCGCUAGGCACUUUUGUACUUGAAAAGAGAUAAGCAAAAUACAAUGCAAACCACCGCUAUAGUAUCAGCAUCAUCAUUUAGAAGGUUGGCAGAUCGAGAGUGUAGACUUCGUUAGAGCGGCGGGGCUAGGCUGGAGGAUAUCGUGUUGAUCCGUGUUGAUCAGUGCCGACUGGAGCUAUUCUUAGACACGUUGGAUUUAGAUGCGCUGCCCAACGAGAGGGCAAGUGCACGCCAGGCGAAUAAUCAGACUGCAUGCCGCCCAGCAAGGGUAUAGAGCAACCAUGGACGUCGUACCGCGCAGCACCAGCACAAUUCAGCUAUGCAAAGAGCAGACUUGGAGGCGCUCCCCACAGCAAUGGCAGUGGCAGCCGGAGGCCAGCAGUGCAAGUGGGACCGAGGCCGCCGCAGUCGCCGGAGGUGAAAGGACGGACGGGCUGCGUUGCCGCGGCCACCACGUGUUUGUUUCGGUCGCGCGGUGCGCUGCUCGCUAUGCUCGUUGUUAACAUGCUGUUGCUAGCGAUCUAUGCUUCACACCGGGUUGUCACGCCUGCUGCCUCGCCGUCCCGUGCCACUCCCGCGCUGCUCAGGAUCAAAGUACCGCUGCCCGGCUUUGAUCAUCGUGGUGGUGAUGGCAACGUCAGCGAAGGAAGUAGUGGCACUACCACCACAACAACUACUGAGACUACUACUACUACUACUGCACUACCACCCCCGUCGCUGGUGACCAGUGUCCACAGCAUGACUGUCGCCAUCGCUAGUAUUGCUAUCGCUCCUACCCCUGUCGCUACAAAGCCUGUCGCUACUCCUGUCGCAGCAGCAGCAGCAACAACAACAACAACAACAACUACAACCGCCCUACCUAGUACUUUUCUAGCUGCUACUACUGCUGCUACUGCUGCUGAUGCUACUGCUGCUACUACUGCUCCAGCUGCUGCUGCUGCUACUGCUGCUGCUGCUGCUGCUGCUGCUGCUGCUGCUGCUACUGCUGCUGCUACUGCUGCUGCUGCUACUGCUGCUCCAGCUGCUGCUGCUCCAGCUGCUGCUGCUCCAGCUGCUGCUGCUCCAGCUGCUGCUGCUCCAGCUGCUGCUGCUCCAGCUGCUGCUGCUACUGCUGCUCCAGCUGCUGCUGCUAUACCCGCUGUUGCCACACCCAUUGCUGAUGCUGCUGCUGCUCCUGCUGCUGUUGUUGCAAGUCUCUCGGUUACUUCUCUUGCAACUCCAGGUGCUGAAGUAACUCCCAUGGCUCCCUCAGCCGUUCUUGUCUCUUCGUCUGUUACCGCUGGCCCUGCUGUCACAUCUGCUUCCGGUGCCUCUGUCAGCGUUGCCAGUGUGACUGAAGCGCCCACUCCCGCUGCUCCCACGCCCUCAUCGCGUCUUCAGCCGACAUCCAUCCGCCCCGGCACGUUUGCAUACCUUGUGAUGGCGGACAGUGCUGUGCCCGACGUUUACGUGGAAACCAGUCUGAUCCCGGACGUCCACGUGAUUCUGUUGACGUGGAAAGCGCCGCCACCGACUGCCAACAUUGGCAAGGUGCAGACGGACUUUUUCCCCAAGUCGUCCUGGGCAAGCGGUCGCAAUCAUCUCUCAGAUCUGACGCUGGCCAGGGAGAAAGAGCAAGGGUGGAACUUUGAGUUCUGGUUGUACUGUGAUGGCGACGCGCGUAUGAUCAAGCGCUUCAAUAAGACGCACUAUCCCGAAGCUCCGUCGCACAUGGAGGCUAGCGAGCAGCUGCGCACGUUGCUGCUACGUGAUCGACCGGCGCGUGCGGGCGUCGCCUACCCGUUCUCACCGUCCGACAUCGCCAACCACCCGAUGGAGUGCGUGCGGAACUGUGCUAACGACGCCGCCGUGGACAUCUUCCAUCGCACGGCACUGCGUCCCGUGCUGCCCUACCCGACAAAGUUCGACUCGGUCAGCUGGUGGAUGUCGUCGGAGACCACCAGCUUCCGCUCCGCUGCCGUGUUCAGCGGUUACUGCAAUACGUACCGGGAAGUCGUUCUGGAUCGCCGUGGCAACGUACACCACCCGUACCCUGGUCAAGACGGACACAUACGCAUUUUGAACUGGAAGCAGCAGUCUGUGGACGCAUUCCGUCCGUGUGUAGCCGGCCUGCAGAGCCACGAGGCCGUGUGGAAACUUGUAGAGCUACAUGGCAUCCAUCGGGCAUGGAGUCAGGACAAAGUGCAGUGCACCACGCAAAAGCAGGGUGUUGACUACGACAAGCUUAUUGCCGACCCGAAGAUGAAGACGCUGGGACAAUGCCCCAGCUAGCUGAUCUCGCCCACUGGUUAACUCGCUCGCGCUCGUGUGUGUGUGUGUAUGUAUGCGUGUGUGUAUGCGUGUGUGUGCGUGUGUGUGUGUUUGUGUGCGUGCGUGUGUGUCUGUGUGCAUGCGCCCAUACCCGUUACCGUGUCCUUGGUGACAUUGACAGAAAGCCGGCCCGUCCUGGCACGACCCUGGUAUUUCUCACCAGGGAGUACACGGCUCUACCCUCGUGUUGCCUUGGCUCUGGUGCAGCAUCACAUGUAACGCCAUGUGCUAUCACUGUUCCGGGCUUAGGUUCCGGUUCCGCUCAGGCCUUGUUCUAGCUGCGUGGCGUUUCUUAUCAACACCCUUGCCAGGGCUAUCUGAGUACACUGCGUCGUCACCGUCAGCACCCGGACGUGCACAUACGCGUUUGCAUCUUCAAUACACACACGCACGCCGUGACACGACAGGUAUUCUCAGGACUCUGAUCUUUAUCAGGAUAUCCCAAAGGCUUGGCCGUCUAUCAAGGCGGGUUCACACCGCUUUGUAGGUUGUACAUGUACACAUAGCGUGAUGAGCUCUAGUGCGCACGCACUGCACCACCAUGCACAUAUUCGCUGGCGAACACUGGCAACUGGCGAUUGAGGAAAUCUCAACCAUUCACCGCUAUAAAGUGGUUCCCUUUAGCCGUUCAGUAUUGUUUAAAAGUUGCUGUCUGAUGACCGGUUAAAACCGUGAAACUCAGAGUCACCGCAGCAACAAGUUUGUUUCCUUCUCUCAAGUGUGCGUAUUAUUGUAUAAUAUAUUAUUUAUGUAGGUGUACAUUAGUAGAAGCUUGUAUUUAUUUUUAGUGUCCUAGGGGUGUCUCCACGGAUUUCUCAGUGCUGUACGCGUUGCAGCCUAGGGGCACUCGGUUCGACUAAUGAUGCAAGCGUAGCAGGCAAGCGUGCUUGGUUUUAUCUCUCUCUCUCUCUCUCUCUCUCUCUCUCUCUCUCUCUCUCUCUCUCUCUCUCUCUCUCUCUCUCUCUCUCUCUCUCUCUCUCUCUCUCUCUCUCUCUCUCUCUCUCUCUCUCUCUCUCUCUCUCUCUCUCUCUCCCUCCCCCCCCCCUCCCACAAUAGAUUUAUCUCUAUAGAGUUAUGCUGCUUAUCCGUUGAGUCCAAUAGAGUUAUACUGAUAUUAAGUUAUUAUUAUUGUUUACGUUGCAUUCCUUUCCAUUGUUACAUUCCAUUGUUACAUAGAUUCACUGAUGACCGUAAUAAGAAAACAGUUUAGAGCUACGAGUCCUUUCGUUCUUUCUCGUUGCGUGCCCCGUAAUCAUCGCCUUUACAUUAUACUCGUGCAUGUCCACAAAUAGGAAUUGCACACAGCAUAA